UGUGCAGUUGGUAUUUUUGACAGGUAAUUUUUUGAGGUUAAUCUUUAAUAAUAAAAAUGUUCCGCUAGAAUUUACCAAAAAAUUCAUUAUUUCAUCGACUUGCAAUGAUUUUCGAAGCAGUGUGUCUCAUUUGCGUGGCCAUACUAUGGGGCGGGACCAAUCCUUUUUUGAAAAAAAACUCAAAAGAUAUCACAACCAUCAAGGCGGAUUCUGCAAUAAAACAAUUUUUGUUAGAAUUAAAAUAUCUACUGACAAAUACUCGAUAUUUGAUACCAAUGGCGCUUAAUCAGCUAGGGUCCAUACUUUAUUUCUUAACGUUACAGAGGGCUGAUUUGUCAUUAGCUGUCCCUGUGGCUAAUUCACUCACAUUUGUGUUUACAGCAGUGUCUGGUUUUAUUUUGGGAGAAGAGCCUCCUAAAAAGAAUACUAUUUUGGGGGUUUUACUGAUUUUGGUUGGAACUUUUUUGUGUUGUUACGACAAUUACCUCGUUCGUUAUAAAUUAUAAUGAUUUUCUUGUCAAGUAGUAUAUUGCCAUGGCAAUAUACAGGGUGUCUCAGGGUAUUGGUAAAGUUGGUAAAGAAAAAAACAACUUAUUACAAAAACUAGGCAAAAUCGACUAAUAAAAAUUUGGCUUAAAAACACUAAUAAAAAGCUGCAUCCAAAAAUGCCAAGAAACAUAAAUUGUUUUAUUUAAAAAGCACAUGUUUGUAUUGUAACUAACUUUUAACACGCUGUAUAGUUCAAAACUUUUAUUAUUUACUCCAACUAAAUUAUACUAAGCGGUAAACACCACUUUACAACUCCCCCAAAUCCCUCCUCCUCGCCACUUCGAAGAAAAGUCCACAAACCGACGAAACAAACUUUAAAGCCUAGACAAAAAAAUACUAAAUUUCCAAAAUUCCACUCAACUUACUUUAAUAACAAACGCAAAAUCGAACACGAAAAAAGGACUUUGGAGUAUAAAAGGCUUCUGAGCAUUGGUCAUCAGGAUAAGCAACAUUUUUCGAUUCGAAAAAUUCCAAGAAGUCCAACGAGAAGUCC